CACAACUGUUUGACUUCUUGGCUACUAUACGCGCGGUUGGUUCUUAACUAACGCCUAUUCGGUUCUUCAUAGAGAACAGGUCCUCAUGCAAAGUAUACGGAGAUCGCGAAAAUGAAGGCAUUGCAGGGAUCGUGUUUCUUCUUUAAUUUAUACAUCCAACUCAUCUUCGUCUCUGUUUCUCUGUUCCUCUGUUCUUCGGGUCUCAAGAUCGGAGAGACUUGUUCCUCUGACAGUGUUUGCGAUGCGGGAUUACAUUGCGAAACUUGCCCUGCAAAUGGUAACACGCGGCCCAGAUGUACCCGGAUCCAGCCAUUGAAUCCCACAUCGAAGGUGAAAGGUUUACCUUACAACAAGUAUUCAUGGCUCACGACGCACAACUCCUUCUCUCUUGAGGGGGCGAAAUCCGACACGGGUUCGUUUAUGAUCGCACCAAAGAACCAGGAAGACACGGUCACCAGUCAACUUAAGAAUGGAGUUCGAGGGCUUAUGCUAGAUACGUAUGACUUCAUGAAUGAUAUCUGGUUAUGUCACUCAACUGGAGGAAUAUGUUACAACUUCACAGCAUUCCAACCUGCAAUCAAGGUGUUCAGAGAGAUUCAGGUGUUCCUGGAAGCAAACCCAUCAGAGAUUGUUACCUUAUUUCUUGAGGAUUAUGUAACAUCCCCACAAGGCUUGACCAAGGUAUUCGACGCAUCUGGUCUCAAGAAGUACUGGUUUCCUGUGUCAAGGAUGCCCAAGAAUGGUGAAGACUGGCCCACUGUAGAUGAUAUGGUCCAGCAGAAUCAGCGGCUGGUGGUUUUCAGUUCCAAACGUGAUAAGGAGGCUUCUGAGGGGAUCGCUUACGAGUGGAGCUAUGUGGUAGAAAAUCAAUAUGGAGAUGGGGGAAUGAAAGCUGGAUCAUGUCCAAAUCGUGCUGAAUCGCCUCCAAUGAACACCUCAACAAUUUCACUGGUUCUUCAGAAUUACUUUCUUGAUAAUCCCAAUGCAACACAAGCUUGUGUAGACAAUUCAGCUCCAUUGAUUAGCAUGUCGAAAACCUGUUCUGAAGCAGCUGGUAAAAGGUGGCCCAACUUCAUUGCUGUUGAUUUCUACCUGAGAAGUGAUGGUGGAGGAGCCGCUGAAGCUGUGGAUGUAGCUAAUGGUCAUCUCACUUGCGGAUGUGACAAUAUUGCCUACUGUGUGGCAAAUGCCACAUCUGGUACAUGCGACGUCCCUCCAAUUGCUCCCCCUCCUCCUGCCGCUGGAGGAAGCUCCGAAAACCCCCCAUCAGCUCCUUCCAGCAUUGCCUAUUUGAGCAGCAAACCACUUCAGUUAAGCUGGCUGUUUGGAGUCAUUUUGACUACUCUCUUAUUAUAAUUUUAUCAGCUCUGUCCCACUUAUUUGUAGCAUUCCCCUGUUUUUUGCAUAUAUUCUUCUGAACAACAGAUUUAUUUUUCAGAUGAAGGUACGGCUUACCUGUAUUCUAAUAUUCCAUCAGUGCACUUUCAUACUUUGUAAUAAAUAAGAUAUAUAAUUCUCUGAGGUGAUUCUUGUUUU